AUGGAGAAAAUAACAUAUUUUCCCGCCGAAAGAAACAAGGAUCCGAUUCUGAAUUUGCUAAAGCGAGUAUUGUCAAAAACCGCACCCAAUCUACGACUUUUGGAAAUUUCAUCUGGUGUUGGAGUGCAUGCGGCUUACUUUGCCAAAGAAUUCCCUAACAUCACUUUUCAACCAUCGGAAUUCAAUAUGGCCUUAUUCGGCAGUAUCAACGCUUUUCGUCAGGGGGUUGAAAACGUUGCACAUCCGAUCUUUAUCGACGUUUCACAGCCCUGCAGUGAAUGGCAGAAUGAAGCCAACGUAAAUGAACGCUGCUGUGCCAACCAGUUCGAUUGUAUACUCAACUUCAAUAUGUUACACGGUACGUCGAUUGCCUGUGCUAAGGGACUGUUUCAUAAUGCAUCGAAACUACUGAAACGAGGCGGACUGUUGAUCAUCUACGGACCACAUGCAGUGGACGGCAUUCUUACACCAGAAAGUAAUGUACGCUUCGACGUUUUGAUAAGGCGAGAAAAUCCGGAAUGGGGUAUACGUGACACGAGGGAUUUGUGUAAAAUGGCAAUUGAAAAAGGACUCUCCUUGCAAGAACUAAUCGAUAUGCCGGCCAACAACAAAUGUUUAAUUUGGAAGAAAGAAUAA